ACAGAGACAUCCAUGUCAGACAAUGAUAACCAGACGCAUGGGACAUACAUACGGUCGUCGAUGUCCACACCAAGUGGCAAGGCACUGCAUGGAAACGGUGGAGGAGGCGGAGCCAUCUUCUCCAUCCAGAACUCAAGCCGUGCGCCAGCCAGCUUUGUCCCGCCGGAACCGCCGCCGAUGCCCGGCACGCCCACAGCUCGAUCGCUUGGCUUCAACUGGCCAGGAACUCGGUAUGUGGCAUCAAAGACGCCCAAGUCAAUGACUCAUGCUGUGCCCUCGCUGGCUUCGUAUUCGGUUGGCUCGGUUGAUGCGCCGCUUGCCUCGGUCUCCUUCCUCGUCUCUCUCUCGGCCGUCGGCUGGGGUCUCGAGCUUGGCUACGCCAUCGAAGCCAUGUACGCAGCACCCAUCUUCCUCCAGCUCGGCCUUCCGCUCCGAUAUGUCUCGUUUGUGUACUGCCUCUCGCCCAUUCUCGGCAUCUUUGUCCAGCCGCUCAUCGCUGGCAUGUCCGACACCUGCACCUCGCGACUCGGCCGCCGCCGGCCCUUUGUUAUCUUCUUUGGCGCUGUGGCCAUCCUUGGCCUCGGCGCUUUUACCCGCGUCAAUCAAAUGGUGUAUGGCACGACGACACCGAGUCACAACAACCACGCCAUCACAAUCCCCAUGGCUGUGGUCUUCUUCUUCCUCAUGGACUUUGGCCUCGACACCCUCAUGCUCCCGGCCCGCUCGCUCCUCGUCGACGCCGUUCCGCCCUACCGCCAAAACCGCGCACACGCCAUCUACGCAGGCCUGCAAGGCACCGGGGCGGCGCUCGGCUAUCUGCUCGGCGGCCUCCGCAUGGGCGAGUACCUCACGUUCCUUGGAUCCAACGCCCAGGCCCUCUUCACUCUCGUCGCCUUUGUCCUCCUCCUCUCCGUCAUCGUCACCAACGUCGUCGCCCGUGAGUCGCAGUGGGUCGUCGUCGACGACGACGAGGAAGCCGCCCCGCCGCCGCUCUGCGACGACAAUGUAAUUGACGUGGGCGACCUCGUCGCCUCCAUCGCCCACCGGACCGUCGACGGCAACAUUGAGGCCCACUCGCCGUCGCUCUCCAAUCCUGACUCGCCCCACGACUCGCCCGAGGACGAUCCCGCUCUUGUACGCGCCGCAGAAUGGUCCAAGCGCGUCGCGUUUCUCACUUCAGAGCAGCCGGGCCCGGGCCCGGCCUCGCCGCGGCCGAUCCACCCAGCGCUCGGCCUCGGCCCGGCCCCGUCGUCGAGCGACACGAACUCUGCCGAUGGCGAGGCCAUCUGUGACCACGACCAUGACGAGCUCCUCUUCUCACCCUCCACCCAGACGGCAGCAGACCUUGUUGCGGCGUUUACCACCAACCCCGAGGGCAUCACCUCGCUCCUCAACGAGGCUGCCGAGGAUGCCUCGUCGCCACCGGCGACGGUAGUUCCUCUCGUCGGGCCCGGCCCAGGCAUUGUCGUCGACGACGACGAAGACGACCUUCCGUCAUACAUUGCCGCGUACAACGAGCUGCCUUCUGCAGACAUCGAGACUGGCGGGUGCGCCACGCUGGCGUAUUCGGGCUCGCGCGGUGACACCUCCCGUCCAGGCGUCGUCUUCGCCCCGGAGCCAUCCGAGACUGCGCCUCUGCUUAGUCACGUCCAAACCACCGCGGCUGACGCGGCCGGCGGACCACUCGCGCCUGCGCCCGCCGCGGAAGACGACGAUAACGAUGACGAUGACGAUGAGGUCAUGCUCGGCUUUGUCGAGACCAUCCAGGCCAUCAUGGGCCUCCCGCGGGUCAUGGUCCGCCUCAUGCUCAUGACCAUCACCCAGUGGGUCGGUGUCCUCGCCUUUCUGUUCUUCAUUUCAGACUGGUGUGGCUCAGUCGUCUUCAACGGCGAUGUCAACGCCCCGGUCACCACCCCCGCCUACCGUGACUACGAGGAUGGCGUCCGGUUUGCCUCACUUUGCUUUGCCGGCUCGUCGAUGGUGACCCUCGUUUGGUCCUCGCUCCUCCCGCGGGUCAUGCGCGCCACCUCGCUCAAGGUCACCCUCUUUGGCUCGCUCUCGCUCUUUGCCGCCGGCUGCAUCGGAUGCAUGUGGAUCAAGACCAAGUGGUACGCCGCCCUCGCCAUCAUUGUCGGCUACGGCCUCGCCUACGCCUCGCUCUCCGUCGUGCCCUACGCCGUCGCCGGCCUGGUCGCCGAAAAGCACGAGGCUGGCCUCUUCACCUCGAUCAUCAACGUCUCGCUUGCCAUCGCCCAGCUCUUUGUCUCGUUUGUCGGCGGGCCCGUCAUGGAGCAGUUCUCUGUCGGGUUCUUCAUCUCGGUCUCGGGCGUUGUCUCCGCCCUUGGCGCCCUCCUCGCCUUUACCCUCAAGGACAAGCACGGCAAGCCCAUCACCUUUGGCCGCAAGCGCAAGCGCAAGCGCAAGAAGAUGUUCCGGAUUGAAGCCCGGCUGGGUAUGGACGCCCACACGUACUGGGCCGAGAAGGACACGGCUGGCUUCCGCGAUCAGAUGUGCGCUGUGCUCAACUUGGAGUCUAUGGAAGAUCUAGAGUCAUGGAAUGAGAAUGGCUUCUCUUACUCGAGAGUGCAGACAAAGCCGAACAUGGCUCUGCCAUCUAUGGUCAAGAACAUGGUCGGAUCAGAAUCAUUUGUCCUCGUCGAUACCAUCGAAAUCGCUCCCGUCGUCCCGCCCUACGCAUGGUCCUUCACCACUGCCGUCUCCGUCUUUACCGAGAAGACAAAGAUCAAGGGUACCGUUCGUAUUGUUCCUCAAGGUGAUGGCUCGUGCCUUCAGAUCUGCGAGGGCUCCGUCGCUGUCGCCGUCUGGGGCGUUGGCUCGGUUGUGGAGCGACUCAUCAUCAACGGCCUCCAGGAGACAUACUCGAAGCUCCCGGCGGUGGUGGAGGCUUGGAACGCAGUGCGUCUGCAGUACGGUGCCGGCGCAGCGCCGUCGAUGGGCAUCGGUGCUCGCUCCGCCUUUGACGACGGCGAGCACUCGGCUGCCUCGGGAGUCUCGCUUUACUUUGACGCCGGUGCGGGCUCGGCCUCUGAGUGGGGUGGCGCCUCGCUCGCCCGCUCGCCCGAGCUUCACCGCUCACGGGCUCGCUCGGUCGAGACCAACAACUUUGAGCUCGGCUUUGUCUCGGCCGUCUCGGCUCACGACUACGACGACGAACCAGGCCGCUCCCGCGGCUCGGCCUCGGCUUCGCCCACUGGUGGUGCGCGGCCGAGUACGUAUCUCACCCUCAUCACCAGAACGCUCUGUUGCUACUGGUGCACACGUUCAGCCUACCACGCUCUCGCUACCCACGAUGAGUAGCGUCAUCUGUACUCACCCCUGCUCCCGGAACCGGGGCUGCCACUGCCGACUGCGGCCUC